CCCCAGCUCCGCGUGGUGGUGGGCGGUGGCUGGGUCAUGUUGCUGGUGUUGCUGAGCCUGGCUGCAGUGUGCGGGAGCACCGUGCCCCGAGAGCCGACUAUUCAAUGUGGCCCUGAGACUGGUAGGUGCAUUAGAGAAUGGAUAUUUGGAAGCACAGUUGGACAUUAAGAAGGUCUGAAUCAGGCAGCGGGUCUUGGUAGACCAGGCACUUGGUGAUGCAUUGCCUUGUUAGCAAACGGCCAUCUCCAGAGUGGAUGGUCCAACACACACUCACCCCAGGAGACUUGAGGGACCUCCAAGUGGAACUUGUUAAAACAAGGGUUGCACCAGAGGAUUUUUCAAUUUUGAUGAACAUAAGCUGGAUACUCCGGGCAGAUGCCAGCAUCCGCUUGUUGAAGGCCACCAAGAUCUGUGUGACUGGCAUAAGCAACAUGCAGUCGUACAGCUGUGUGAGGUGCAAUUACACAGAGGCCUUCCGAAGUCAGACCAGACCUUCCGGUGGCAAAUGGACCUUCUCCUAUGCAGGCUUUGCUGUGGAGCCGAGCACACUCUACUUCAUCGGGGCCCAUAACAUCCCCAAUGCUAAUAUGAACGAAGACAGCCCUUCCCUGUCUGCGAACUUCACCUCUCCAGGCUGCCUAGACCAUGUAAUGAAAUAUAAAAAGCAGUGCAUUGAGGCGGGAAGCCUGUGGGACCCAAACAUCACUGCUUGUAAGAAGAACGAGAAGAUGGUUGAAGUGAAUUUUACAACCAGUCCCCUUGGAAAUAAAUAUGGCGUUUUCAUUCUAUGCGACAUGAACAUGCCAUUGGGGGUUUCUGAAGUGCUGGAGAAUAAACUGACGCGGACGUCUGUAGCCAUUCUGGUGGACAGUGGGCCUGAAGGUGCUGUGGUGCAGCUGACUCCGUAUUUCCACACCUGUGCCCCUGACUGCAUCCGACGCCAAGGAAUAGUUGUGCCUUGUUCAGAGACAAGUGCUCCCUUCCCCGCUCCAGCUAACAAUAGAAGCAUUCUGGGAAGCUGGCUGCCCCUCAUCCUGGUGCUGCUGGUAGCUACAUGGGUCCUGGCAGUUGCGAUCUACCUAACCUGGAGGCAAGAAAGGAGCUCGACUUCCUUUCCUACUACCAACAUGCUGCUGCCCCUCAUUAAAGUCCUGGUGGUUUACCCAUCGGAGAUAUGCUUCCCUCAUACCGUCUGCCGCUUCACCGACUUCCUUCAGAACCACUGCAGAAGUGAGGUCAUCCUCGAAAAAUGGCAGACAAAGAAAAUAGCCCAGAUGGGUCCGGUGCAGUGGCUUACCACCCAGAAGCAAGCGGCAGAUAAAGUGGUCUUCCUUCUUUCCAGUGAUGCCCACAGUCUCUGUGACAGUGCCUGCCGCCAGGACAAGGACGGAGCCAGGGAGAGUUCUCAGGACCUCUUCCCCCUCGCCUUUAACCUUUUCUGUAGCGAUUUCAGCACCCAGGCUCAUCUGCACAAAUACCUGGUGGUCUACCUCGGCGGGGCGGACAUCAAGGGCGACUAUACUGCUCUGAGUGCCUGCCCCCAGUAUCGGCUCAUGAAGGACGCCGCGGCUUUCCACACAGAACUGCUCAGAGCUGCACGGAACAUGUCAAUGAAGAAACGGUCACGGGCCUGCCAUGGCAGCUGUUCCCUGUUGUAGUCCGUCCGGGAGAAGGGAGACCCUGAAGCCCUCCUACCCUUACCAAUUCCAGUGACAAAAAGCUUUGUGAGGACCCUGAAGCUUCCUCUACAGGCUGCAUGGAGGGAGUACUGUAUCACAAAACUUGCUUUAGAAAUGGAGUUUGCAGAGUCAGAACUUGAGGCUAGUCACUAGCAGGUUUUAUGCAUAUAAUACAGUUAGAGACAUUAAUGAAUGGAAGAUAAAUUCCCAAAGCUCAAUCACAUUUCUACCCAAAGCCCAAUAACGAUUCUCAUGGCAAACAUGAAAUAACAAGGCAUUUCGCAGUCAGAUGUCCCGUCUUGCACUGCUCAUGCUCUGUUUAGCCCUGUAACAUUUUAAUGUGUUAAUGAAUAAUCCAUUUGAGAAGCACUCACUAAUCCAGUAGCUCCCUAAGAGGAAAAGCCUGUUACACAUACAAGCUGGACACAUCUUGCCUGACCAAUGACCCAGUGUAUGUGUUCUGUAUGACCCACUGUACUGUGUGCUCUCUGUAUAGCACCUUCCCUUGCCAAACUUCUGGACAGGCAACCUUUAUUUUUAUUGUGCAAGUGCUAGGAAAUGAACCUAGGGUAUUGUACGGCUACACAAAUGCUCUGCCCCUCAAAUGCAUCUCAGCCCCUCACAGGUGACUUUUCAGUAAAUAUAAAAACCCUUCACCAGCCAGACAUGGUAACACAUACCUUUAAUCCCAGCACUCAGGUGGCAGAGGCAGGAGGACUCCUGAGUUCAAGGCCAGCCAGAGAUACAUAGCAAGACUGUCCCAAACAGUCUUUUGCCCAAUUACCCAUCCACUGUUCUAGUUCCCAGAGUUCAUGGUUAUUACAUGCUUCCUGUUCAAGUCAAAACUAAUUCACUGAAAUUAGCUCUCUUCAUGUAAUAUAUCUUUUUAUAAUCGAUUACUUUAAAAAACAACCAAGGGCUGGAGAGAUGGCUCAGAGGUUUAGAGCAUUGACUGCUCUUCCAGAGGACCUGGGUUCAGUUCCCAGGACCCACAUGGCAGUUCACAGCCAUCUUAACUCCAGUUCCAGAGGGAUCUGAUACUGCUUUCUGGCUUCUAAAGGCACUCUAUAUACAUUAAAAAAAAUUAUUGCACACACACAUCAGUGUUUUGCUUACAUUAUGUCUGUGCACCAUGUGCAUGCCUGGUGCCUGAGGUCAGAAGACGGGGGUGGAUACCUUGGAACUGCAGUUAUGGAUAGGAGUGAACCACCGUGUGGAUGCUGGGAAUCAAACCAGCAUCUUCUACAAGAACAAAUGCUCUUCCCUACUGAGCUCUCUCUCCACACCCCCUAAUGUAAAUAAAUCUUAUUUUUUAAAAAACACCAAAAAACCAGUACAAGCAGUAAUAGCACACAGAUCUGUAACAUCUUGAGUCUUCUAGCUCUUGACUUGUUGAAGCAGCUUUUUCUUAAUGUAAAAACCACAGAAAUUAUCUACAUUAGCAUAUGCAUUUGUCGUAAGUCUUCAUACAGCAUCAUCUGUUUUGUAACGUGAUCCAGGUUCAGGUAGUUGACUGUUAAAUGUUUGUAACUAGAGGCUGGGCAUGGUGGCAUAUGCCUUUAAUCCCAGGCAGAGAAAUCUCUGAGUUUGAAGUCAGUCUGGUCUACAUAGUUCCAGAACAGCCAGAGCUACAUAAUUGAGAAACCUUGUUUAAAAACAAAAACAGAUUUGUAAUUGAUCAGGUGUGGUGGCAAACACUUUAAAAAAUAUAUUUUUAAUUAUGCGUAGGUGUGUGUGUCUGCAUGUGGGUAUGUACAUAGAGUAUAAGUAUCCACUCAGAAGAGGUCAAAGGCAUCAGAUCCCCUAGAGCUGGAGUUACAGAUGGUUGUGAGCUGCCUGACAUGUGCUGGGAACUGAACUCAGGGUCCUCGGGGAGAGCAUUGAGUGCUCUUAAACACUGAGCUGUCUCCCAAGCCCCUGUGGUAUACAUUUUAAAUAACAGUGCUCUGGAGGGACGCGGGCGGAGCUGUGAGUUCCAGGAUAAAGGGAAAGUUUGUAACUGCACAUUAGCCUCAAAGGUCUUGUUUUGGGGUGUGGCUCAGUGGCAGAGAAUUUGUGUAUGAUGUACAAGGCCCUGGGUUCAAUCUGCAUCAAUGUAAAGAGCAAGCAAAAAAAGAGCCAAUGUAAAAGGCCACAUCAUGCACUCUAAUAUGUCUUAUGAAUAAAUAAAACCCCAAAUGUGGCUUUACCCAGCAGGUCCACAUAGAGGAUGAUUAGGACCACGGGCCUGAGUGCAGGUGUCUGAGAUGGUCUGCACUUGGCUGUGCUGGGGAAGGAGGUCUUUUGCUCCACCCCUUGGCGUCUCUAUAAAAACCCUGGGGCAGAGACAGUCGGGGCCUGUUGGAAUAGGUUCCAGGCCCUCUCGAGGCUAUCCUUUAUUUUCUAUCUGUUUAUCUCCGCAAGAUUCUCCGCAAUAAAUCCUUCUAUCUAAUAUUUCCUGCUGCUCGCACUCAAGAAAACUCUGGGGAAUUGUGGGGGUGGUUGGGUAAACGCCCCACACCCAAAGAUGCAUGAAGUGCAAGCUCCCCGCAUCCAGCUCCGUGAGCACGAUGGCUGAGGCUGUGCCUGGUGUGGCAAGGCUGUUACUUGGUAAGACAGCUGCCAGAUGCUGUACAAACGUGCUGAAGAUGUAUAUAGCUUCUGUCACAACUUGGACCAGAAACCACCUUCCUCUGAAUCAACAUCUACCACUGUAAGAGAUGCUCAUGUGGAGAAUGAUUACCACAGAUACAUCAUGCUUCUGAAAGCAUGGAGCUGACUGUAAACUCUGUUCCAACAGCCCAGAAACAUAAAAUCACAUUCUAUGUUAGGUCAAAAAUGUAAAAGAACAGAUAAUUUUCAAACUAUGUAUUUUCAAAGUAUAUAUCCAAAUGGUAUUACCAGGUUAACCCUCGCUACAUCAGAGAACCCCUCUUGGUCCUACCCACUGAGCUUUACCUGGUGACUCCUAUAGUCCCAGCAAUUCCUCCAUCUUAGACUUCUACAUUCUACGCCUCUCUCCAGGUCUUAUCUGUCUCUAUCAAUCUCUCAAUCCUCCCCAAGCCAAUUCUGGCGAUAGAGCUGGGAGGAGCAGAUAUAUAACUGCAGGCUUAAGCAAUUUUGCUCCACCUGCCCUGCCUUCCUGUGUCAUAGCCCCAGGUUCCCUGCCCUUGUCUAUACCUUGUCCUUUCUUUCCCUUGCUGCAGCUCAGAGGCUUCCUAAGGGCCCACACUACCAGUAGAAGGG